UCGGAUCCUGCCUUCCCAAACCCUUUCCCUCCCAACGCACGCCACGCCAUGCCCUCCUCCUCUCGCCGCCGUCGCGGGCCCCGUCGGCGCCGCCGCAAGGAGGCGGCGGCGGAGACGAGGAACUGGGCGGACAUGCCGCUGGACGCGAUCUUGGCCGUCUUCCACAGACUCGACCACAUCGACAUCCUGAUGGCGGCCGACCAGGUGUGCAGCUCCUGGCGCCGCGCGGCGCGGGACGAGCCCGCGCUAUGGCGCCGCAUCGACAUGCGCGGCAACGCGGACCUCUCCUCCCGCAUCAACCGCCAGGGGAUCGCCUGCGACGCCGUGCGGCGCAGCGCGGGGCAGUGCGAGUCAUUCUGCGGCGAGUACGCCGGCGACGCCGGGGCUCCCUGUUUGAAGAGCCUUCGCCUGAUCUCAUGCGACGGCAUCUCACUCGACGAGUUUGCGGAGCUAAUAAGAAGGUUUCCUCUGCUCGAGGAGCUCGAGCUAUCUGAGUGUCCAGAGCUACUAGUGGAUUGCUCUUGCUCUCUAUAUCCUGAGGUGUACGAGGUUCUUGGGCAAGCAUGCCCACAGCUGAAGCAUUUCAGGAUGAACAAACAAUACUUCCUAGAACAGAAAUGGGGCAACAAUGACGCCGAUGCCGAGGGGAUUGCAGGCAUGCAUGAGCUGCGCUCACUGCAGCUCGUCGCCAACGACCUCACCAACAAAGGGCUGGCAGCCAUCUUGGAGAACUGCCCGCGCCUGGAGUCGCUGGACAUACGCCAUUGCUUCAAUGUCAAAAUGGACGACGACGGCCUCGGCGACAACGACGGCGGGGACGACGACGACGGCACGCUGCUGCGAGAGAAGUGCGCCCGUAUCAAAACGCUACGACUUCCCCGUGACUCGACCGAUGACUACCACCUCGAGGUUCAAAGCCCUAGGUUCGCUGGCACAGAGGAAGAAAUCAGGCGUGCCUGGUCCAUCAGUCCGGUCUACUACUCCCCGUGGCUCCAGGAAUCGGAGGAAGACGAUGACGAUUUUUACCGCAGUCCUUCCCGUUACGAGGCUGACCUCGACAAAUACGAGAAGGUGCUUCCUAGGAGCAUGCGGACGUUCCUCUGAUGAGAAGACCAUCCUCCUGCAUUUCGGGCCUUGUCCAUGUACGUGUAGGCGUGUAGCCAACAUUUUCUCAUGAAGCACCGUGGCCUUGCAUGUUAUCUUGUUUUGUCAUAAUGCAGUCGUAUCAGUUUAAACCAUAAUCAUGUUACAAUGAGUAAAUUUGCGCUCUAUUUUUCCUGUGAGCGAAGAGUAAAUUUGCACUUGCAGGUCAAUACUGCAGACACUAUUUAUGAUUUUCAAGCUAUUUUUAAUUCGGAAUGAAACAUAUGACAUGUGUG